AUGACUCAGCUAGCGGAGGAGGAGAGGAAGGUAGAGGUUGCUCUUGCCGGCAUCACCUGGAUUCUGCAGGCUGAAGACGUUGGCCAUGGCGCCAAGGCUGCAGCAGCUGCCGCCUUGUCAGCCCUCGCAGCGGAGAGGGAGGAGAACAAGAAAAAGAUAGUGGAGACCCAAGGAGCUGUAGAGGCGCUGCUGGCAUGUGCGAGGUACGGAGACGACAAGACAAGAGCAGCAGCAGCGUCGGCCGUUGCGAACCUCCUGGAGAACAACGUGGAGCAUAAGCUGCUGCUUGCUGAGCGACCCAUCCUGUUCGCAGUUCUCGUCGGCCUCUUGCGCAGUGGCACAGAGAAGGCAAGAUGGCAUGCAGCGCGAGCUCUUGCGAGCAUGGCGAUGCUGGCAGAGCUCCGAACAGUCAUCGCAGGAGAGGCAGGAGCAGUAGAUGAGCUGAUCAGGCUGUGCCGCGAUGGGGGAGAGGAGGCAACCAAGUCAGCAGUUUGCGCCCUAGCGAACUUGUUUGACAACAGCAGGCGGAACUGCGAGGACUUUGCGCAGGCUCAGCGGGGAUUCGUGACUCUAGUCGAUAUCGCAGGGAGCGGGUCGAGGGAAUGCAAGAAGCAUGCGAUACGUGCGCUUGCAAACCUUUCACUGCCUCCUCCCAACAAGUUGAAACUCGCUAAGACCCCUCGCGCUGUCUCUGUGCUGCUUGCAGCCCUUGAGCAGGAGGAGGAAGAGGUGCAGAGCAACGCGGCUGCUGCGGUGGGGAACCUUGCCCAUGGCUGCGAGGAGAGCAAACAGAUCGUCUCCUCCUCCCCCCGCGCUGUUGGGGCCCUUCUGCUUGCCCUGCGGGAGGGCAACGCGGACUGUCAGAGGAACGCUGCCGCUGCGAUCGCGAACCUCUGCCACGAGCAUGAGCAAAGCAAGAAGAUGUUCAUGGAGGAGGAAGAGACGCUGACGAUCCUGCGAGGCUGCCUGGCACGAGGACGAGACGACUGCAGGAACAAUGUUGCGUGCUGCAUCGCCAACAUAGCAGCCAAGAGCAGGGAGUACCAGGAGAGAUUGUCCGGGGACGGAGAAAUCAUUCGUCUACUAGUCGACUGCCUGCGGCGAGGAGGGGACUUCACGGUAGCCAACGCAGCAGCUGCUCUUGCGAACUUGUCGGAGGGGUCAGAGGAAGUGAAGAUGAAGAUGGAGGAUGAAGAUGCUCUUGUUUCUUCCCUGGUCAAGGUCGCCUCCUCUGCUAGGAUUGAGGAGGCGAUAGAGAAUGCUGUCUGUGCGAUCGCAAACCUGGCGGGAGGGAGGAGGAGGAGGAGGAAACAUCUCAUCGCGUCCUCUCCCGGUUGCCUCCAGAUCCUAGUGCAACUCAUGGCAGACAGCAACUUGGAAGUGAGGAAGAACGCGGCGGCAGCGAUCGGGCACGUGGUAGAGGAGGAGGAGGAGCUGCAGGAUGCUGUGAGGGAGAUCCCUUUUGCUGUCAGCGGGCUAGUGAGGAUGACACAGCUAGAGGAGGAGGGAGCGGAGAGGAAUGCCUGCGAGGCGAUCGCGAACCUCGUGAAGGGGAACAGAAGGAAUCAGAUCGCAGUCAUGAACAUUUCGGGGGGAGCAGAAAGCGUGAUGAAGCUGAUGAGGAGGAGAUGUCUCUCUCCCUCCUCCUCUCCCUCCUCCUCUCCCUCCUCCUCUUCCUGUGUAGCAGCGUUGAUGGCUCUUGCGAACUUGACUGAGAGCUGCGAGGAAAUGGGUAAGAAGGUGAUGGAGUCGCCAGCGUCGAUGCAAGUGAUAGUAGCGCUGCUCAAGGAAGAGGGCGAGAAGAGGAACUUUGCUGUUGACAUCCUCGCCAACGUCUCAGAGGUGGUGGCGGUGAGGGAGAGGAUGGGGGAAGUCGGGGAUCUGUUCCCCCUCCUCUCCGUAGCUCUCCUCGACCAGAGAUCGAGCGUGAGAGCGUCUUAUGCCCUCCUGCGCCUCCUCGAGACGAGCCCCGACAAUCGCCGCCGCCUUCUCCUUCAGUCUCCUUCCUGCAUCGAGAAUCUGUCAUCGAACCUUUCCUCCUGCUCCCUCCCUGCUUGCAUACACUGCGCUCUCUGCCUCUUCCUCCUCUCCCACAACAACCAUAAGGUCUCUGCUCUUGUAGCUCAGACCAGCGGGUCCGUCGAUCGUCUGCUCAAGGUGAUGAAGGAGAUUCUUUCUUCCUUGCCGGAUCUCUUCGCAAAGGAGCAGGGGCAAGAGGAGGGUCAGCAGCAGCAGCAGCAGCAAAGGGACAAGGAGGACAAGGAGGACAAGGAGAGUUCGACUGGAGGAGGAAAGUCUGACAUGCUUCAAGAGGAGGCUUGCAGAAGUUGUAUUUUGGCGCUUGCGGCCAUGGCAUCAAACAAGGGGCCCAGCUACGACGCUAUCAAGCAGAGCAUGCCCACCGGUUCUUCCUUAGAGGCGCUCCUCCUCCUCCUUCGCUGGAGGAGGAGGAGCAGGAGGAGGGCAGCGGGAGAGAACCCGCUCUCCAGUAUCGGCAGCAGCACCAUGGAGGUCUGUGCUAUGUCGGCUCUUGCCAACCUGCUGGACAAGAGCGCGAGCCAUGCUGUGGCGCUGGCGAUGAGGGAGGGGGCAGUCCAUCUCAUCCUGUCCUGCGCGCUAGAGUCUUCCAGCCGCCUCGUCCUCUUCCAUGCCACCCGCGCGUUGGCCAACCUCAGCGAGACGUACGCGGGGAGGAAGGAGGUCGGGAGAGAGGAGGAGGCACUGAAGAGGCUGGUGCAGCGAGGGAGGGAGAUGGAGGAGAGAAGUCGAGGUCAGCUCCUUCGCAUGCUAGGCAACUUGUGCAGGAAUCACCAUGCCAACAAGCAGAGGAUUGGGGAGGAGGAGGAGGUGAUGGACCUGCUGCUGUGGUCGCUGAGCAUGGCAGGGGAGGACAGUGCGAGUCAGGCGCUGGUGGCUCUGCGGGGGUUAAGUGAGAAUGACAUGAAGAACACGAUGAGACUUGUAGAGCAGCCGAAUAUGCUGGAAAUUGUGAUGAUGCUGAUUACUCGAGGAGUGAAGCAGGUGGAGGUUGAGCAAUACCGAUGGCAACAAGAGGAAUGGCAAAAGAUCUGGGAUCUUGGAACGAUCAGAACAUUGUCAAACGACAAGUAUGGGAGGUAUGCCGAUGAAACUGAGGGAGAAGACAACUACAACUGGAGGAGAGACGAUUGCGAUCAAGAGAAGUGGAUCAUUGUCGAAACUUUCCUGUUUGUUGCAAACCUCGCCAUCAGUGAAAGCUUCAGGAGCAAGCUAGUGGAGAGAUCGAAGACGAUGAUUGAAGUGAUGCUGGCGAUGAUGGAGUUGCCCUUCUUGCUUGUCAAGUCGGCAGCGAUGAGAGCUCUCGGUGCCAUCUGCUGCAACUCAGAGGUCCUCUCAGAGAAAGUCUGCAGAGACAACGAGGGCAUGAAGAGGAUGUUGGUGACGUGCUUGGAGGAAGAGGAGGUGAACGAGGAUGUUGUCUUCUACAUGUCACGGGGGCUGCUCAAUAUCUGUGACUCAUCUCAUAUUGCAAAGAAGAUCUUGAGCUCAGAUGAAGCAAACCUCGACAUGCUGACCCGAGUUGCUAUGAAACGAGCAAACAUGUCAGCGAUGGGUAACUUCUGCUAUCUGUUUGCAAAUCUUGUCGAGUUCGACGAUGUAACGCUCAAGAGAGUAUCGGACAGCGAAGCUUCAAUCAGUCUUCUCAUACAAUCACUGCAACAAGAUGGAAAUCAGUUUGCUGUGAGCCAUUCAGCUCGAGCUCUUGCUGCCAUCGUCGAGAACGAUCCGAGGAGAGGAGAUGCGAUGUUGCAAGAUUUUCAACUUGUUGAGAAGAUCGUCUCCCACCUCGUCGUUGACAACGACAAAUCAGUUGCGCAUGUGUGUAAGCUGAUCAAGAGCUUUUGCUCGCCUAAGAAGCAAUCAAACCUUUCUGUCCGUCAUGUCUUGCGACGCAAACAUCUUCUCGGGCAGAAGUUUGACUGCGUCAACAAGAUCGUUGACGUUGCUAUGAACUCAAGUUCGAACGUCAGGCUGAAUGCACUGAAUGCGAUUCUUGCAGUCAUGUCACAUCACAAAGACAACCUGCAAACUUUUAUUUGGUGUAUUGAGAUGAUCGCCAGAAACGAGUUGGAAAAGGUUGAGAAGCUGAUUGACGACGUGUUCACUCUGCGAUCCAAGGUCAAUCAAGUUCUGCAUCCUCCGCUUGUUUUGUCGUUUGUUGUCGACCUCGAAGACUUUGUCGUAGCAGCGAGCGAGGAGGAGGAGAUGGUCAAGAAGGCUUUUCAUCAGUCAGCCGCAGAGUUCGAGGGGGUCGAGGUGACGGAUGCAAGGGUCAAGGGCUUCCAAGGGGACGAGAACAGCACGAGGAUGGAGCUUGCCGUCGAGUUUGACACGAGCGAGAAAACAGAGAAAGAGAUCAACUUGGCGUUUGAUAAUUGGAUGGAGAAGCAAGCUUUCAGCAAGUGCUUGACGAACUUCGGGAUGAUUGUCAAGAGGGCGAAGUUGGUCGGAGCUGUUCGCAUGGCUAGCAAGGAAUCUCUCUCUGCAAGCAGCUUCCUCAAACUGUUGGAGAAGUUCAAAGGAUAUCAAGAACUGUUGAGCAACAUGGAAAACAUCGAUGAAGGCAGAUUGCACAAAUUCAUGUCGACAAUUUCAAACCAGUAUCUAGCGGAGCUUGUGAAGGAUGAAGACAAGGAGGACGAGGACGAGGACGCGGAGGAGGAGGAGGACGAGGAGGAAGGAAAAAGGAGUAUCGACAGGUCGUGGGAGAGAUUGUGCUUGCAAGGCAUCAAGUAUGCUAUGGGUGAGGUGUUGGAGGUUGCAGAGGAGAGGAUGGGAGAAGAGCAGCAGGAUGGGAAGGCGACAAUGAGUGAAAUGGUGAAGGAGCAGGAGCAGGAGCAGGAGCAGGAGCAGGAGCAGGAGCAGGAGCAGGAGCAGGAGCAGGAGCAGGAGCAGCAAGAGAAUCAGAAGGAGGAGGAAGGAGGGACGGGGUUGGCGCUGGCUGAGUUUGGAGUCAGAGGAAGACGACGAAGGACUGCAGGAAUGCGCUGGUUGAACCCCGAUAGACUCCUGCCACAUGCUGAGAGACUGUGCGAGGAGACCAAUCUUCUCCGAGAGGUCUUCAACAUCGUGUUUUCCUCCUCUUCCUCCUCCUCUUCCUCCUCCUCCUCUACGUCGUCAUUGCUGCGUGCAAGCCUUUCUCGCUCGAUCUCGUACUUGGCCAGCAGGCAACUGGAGGAAGAGGAGCGAGCAACAGAUGAAGCCUACUUCCUUGACUGCGUCCUCCUCCUUGUACGGUACGGGAGCAGCAGCAGCAAACUGGAGGGUCUCCGUGGUCUGCUCCUCCUCUGUAUGUCUCACCCUCGAGUUAUGCGGCUGAUCGCUAAGGAGGAGGGGAUACGCAUCCUUGCGCAGUGCCUGGAGGAGGGGACAAUGCGAGGGAGGGUGCUUGCCUGCUCGGUGCUUGCUUGCCUCUCUGCCCAGCUCGAGCAUUCUCGACUGUUCCUGCAGGUUGAAGGACUCUUGGUAGGUCUGUUGGAGCUCGGAGAGGAGGAGGGCGAGGAGGUGGAGGAGGAGGGCAAGGAAGCUGCAGCACUAGUACUUGCCAACCUCUCGGAGGACCAGAACAACGCUGCUCGCCUCCUGCUGGACGAUCGUGUCAUCCUCUUCCUGGCUAGCUGCGUCUCCUUCGGAAGCCUUGCUGCCUCCUGCUCCGCCAUCCACGCGCUCUCCCUCCUUCCCAUCGCUGACUUGCCCCUGGACAACUUCCGCAUCGUGCACACGAGGACAGAGUGGCUGGUAGCUCCCAGCAGGGAGACCUCUCUCCUGCUCGAAGGAGCAAGCAGCUCCGCCUUCUCCUCUGGCCUCCUGCAGGUUCUCAUCGGAGGAUCCCCUCAAAAUCAGAUCGACUGCGUCCGCCUCCUCCUCAAACUCUCUGGCGACAACGCGCUCAUCCUCCUCCUUCUCCAGACCCCCGGGACCCUCCAGGUCCUCAUCCGCCUCCUAGGCCUUGCCUCCCCGGAAGCCAGCGAGCAUGCAGCAGGGGUGCUGUAUAGGCUCUCACUAGAGCGGACAGCACGGGCACAGGUGGGGAUGGUAGAAGAGAGCCUCGCGGAGCUUGCUGGUGUGAUGGACCAGGGAAGCACUGUUGCUCAGAACAUGGCCUCUGCUGCUCUUCUCAACUUCAUCGACUGUCCAGAGAACCAGGCGAGGCUGAAAGAAGCUUCCUCCUCCAUCGACGUCCUCCUACGUCUUGCAGAGGAGAGCGGCAACCAAGUCGUCAGGAGGAGCGCGGCUGGCGUGCUGAGGAUGAUCAUGGAGGGGGUGGGAGGGUUCAAGGCCAUGAGGAUCAGGAGGAGGCUGGAGGGGAUGAAGAUAUGA